CGGGGACUGGUGAGGCUGCGGCAGGCAGCGGGGCUCGGAGGCGAGGGGCUGCAUGGAGCUGCCGGCGCGGCUCUGCGGGCUGUGGGCUCUGCUCCUCUGCGUCGCCAGCUGUGGCGUCGCUGCGCCCACGGAAACUCAGCCACCCGUGACGAAUUUGAGCGUUUCUGUUGAAAACCUCUGCACAGUAAUAUGGACAUGGAAUCCUCCGGAGGGAGCCAGCCCGAAUUGUAGUCUAUGGUAUUUUAGUCAUUUUGGCAACAAGCAGGAUAAGAAAAUUGCUCCAGAAACUCAUCGUUCGAAAGAAGUGCCCCUGAACGAGAGGAUUUGUCUACAAGUGGGGUCUCAGUGUAGCACCAAUGAAAGUGACAAUCCUAGCACUUUGGUGGAAAAGUGUAUCUCACCCCCUGAAGGUGAUCCCGAGUCAGCUGUGACUGAGCUACAAUGUGUUUGGCACAACCUGAGCUAUAUGAAGUGUACUUGGCUCCCUGGAAGGAACACAAGUCCUGACACUAACUAUACUCUCUACUACUGGCACAGCAGCUUGGGAAAAAUUCUUCAAUGUGAAAACAUCUACAGAGAAGGUCAACACAUUACUUGCUCUUUUACUCUGACUAAACCAAAGGAUUCCAGUUUGGACCAACACAGUGUUCAAGUGAUGGUCAAGGAUAAUGCAGGAAAAAUUAGACCAUCCUUCAAUAUAGUGCCUUUAACUUCUUAUGUGCAACCGGAUCCUCCACAUAUUAAAAGUCUCUUCUUCCAACAUGGUGUCUUACAUGUGCUAGGGAAGAAUCCACAGAAUUUUGCUAGCACUUGCUUAUCUUAUCAAGUAGAAGUCAAUAACAGCCAACCUGAGACACAUUUUAUUUUCUCCGUUGACGAACCCAUGUGUGAUAAUUCAGAAUUUGAGGGAAACCUGAAGGGUACAAUUUGUUUCCCGGUUCCUGGUGUUUUUCCUGAUACUUUGAACACAGUCAGAAUGAGAGUCAAAACAAAUAAGUUAUGCUAUGAGGAUAACAAACUCUGGAGUGAUUGGAGUCCAGUGAUGACUAUAGGUAAGAAGACCAAUCCCACACUCUACACAACCAUGCUACUCAUCAUUCCGAUCAUUGUUGCAGGUGCAAUCAUAGUCCUUCUGCUCUAUCUAAAAAGGCUCAAGAUCAUUAUAUUCCCUCCAAUUCCUGAUCCUGGCAAGAUUUUUAAAGAAAUGUUCGGAGACCAGAAUGAUGAUACUCUGCACUGGAAGAAGUAUGACAUCUAUGAGAAGCAAACCAAAGAAGAAACUGACUCUGUAGUGCUAAUAGAAAACCUGAAGAGAACCUCUCAGUGAUGGGGAUAAUUUAUUUCAACCUUCAUCCUGACUUUGUAAAGAUUCAUCCUGUUCUCCAUUUGUUUUCUGGGGACUUGUUAAAUGGAAAACGAAACUACUGGACUCUUUAAGAACAGGCAGCUCAUAAGAGCCACAGGUUUUAUGUUGUCAUGCACCGAAAAACUAAAACUAAUGGGCCUUUUGGAGAAGAGAGUGGAAUUAUUCUCAUUGAAUUAUAAAAGCAGGCAUCUUUUGUGAAGGUUACAAACUAAUGGACAGAGCAAAAAAGUGAUGACAGUAGAGUUGAUCUUAUCAAGAAUUGUGACAACUGCCUGAGGGAUCUGUGCCUGCUUUGUAUCCCUUGUGUCAAACAAUACCAGCAAAUUUUAUUUGUGGGAGAACUCAUUUUUGGGUGCAACUGUUAGUGCCAAACUUGAUUCACAGAGAUGAUCUAGCAAACAGAAUUGAAAAAAAAAAAUCUUAUCUAUUGUUUGGAAUCCCAGUAAGUAAUGUUUGUGGCUAUUAAAACUUAAGAGUCUGGAAUCAUCAUCCCUCCAGCAGCAUUUUCCUCUGCUUUGAAAGGCCCAGACAUCAGUGUUGGCCACAAUGAUGGCACCCACAGACAAAGCAGAGGCAGCUUCUGUUACCAGGACCUUUCAAAGCCAUUGCAGGCUUUUAAGGGCCGCAGAGACAGAAUGACGUAUUGGGUAUUAGAGUUUGAAGCACUGCAUUCUGUAAUGAUAUAUUGUUUUUUUCUUCACCUCCUCUACUCAAAUCAAGUAUUAACUAUGUGUCCAGAUUGUGCUAGGUCCCCAGGAGUGAGGCAUCUCCCUCAAAAGGUUGACAAUCUGGUUGGGACUCCUCAGUUCUUAACCACUUUCUUUUUUUUCCACCAGUCAUUUUUCAGACCCUUCAACUCCCUUGUUCCCACACCUGAUUUCCCCUUUGCCUUUUCCCUCAUUGUAGUCUUACACCUUUCAAAAGAUAUUGGAAUAGAAAUCUGCUGAAAACACCUAGAGGAGCAGAGAGUGAUUUGUAGCUCAGGUAAAAUGAGAGCAGACUGAGAAACAGUGACAACUUCUUGCAUAUUUUGUAACUUCUAUGUGUCUGCAUUCAUUUGAAGGUUUUCAGCAUUUACUAUUUCUUUACGUAUGUUCUAAAUACAAAGGAGAUAUUAUCUUCACUUAGAACUUUGCUCUUUGCUUGAUAAGAAAAGGAGUUUUGUUUUCCUCUUUUUCCUUACUGUCACAAAUAGUUAUUAGUAGGUUUUAUGUCUUAUAUAGAUAACCAGCAUCCAAGUCUCCAACGUUUGUAUGCA